UGAACAACCUGACCAUGGUGUCUCCUCCAUCAUUCUUGAAUCUUCACCGUCAUUUCAAUUUGAACUCCAUUAAUUUUUUCUUCUUUUGAUCUCCAUUAAGCUUCAUUUCAUUCACCCUCUCUGUUCUCCACCAUUAUUUCCUUCUCCAUAAAAUCGUCCCUUUUCAUCCUCCAUUAUUAUGUUUCUUUCUUUUUCUGGUUUGGCUGGUUCUUGAUCCAUCAAAUCGCUUGCAUGCAUCUCAAUUUUAAUCGUGAUUAUACUCUUAUUUUUUGAAUAUUACGGAUGGGAUAAUAAAUUAUUCAUUUUUUGAUGGGAAAUACAUGUGUAGGGCCAAAUCUUGGUGGUAACGGAUUCCUGCAAUCUGUUACAGCGGCCGUUUGGCGGAACCCUCCACUGGAAGACCGCCAACCUCCACCGUCUAAAAACGAGACCAAAAACGAGCCGACAGAUUCGAAGCACAAUACUGAUAAUAAUGCUGCCACAGCCACAACCGCAUCGGCGCCUCCGCCGGUUAAAAUCAACAAUGACGCAUCGAAACCACAAUCUCAAGUUCCUGAGCAAAAUGAUAAGCCUCAUAUGAAGAGAGCUUCAAGCACAGCAAUGCAAAUGGAUUCUGUGUUAGGGAGGAAAACGGGGAACUUAAAGGACAUUUACAGCUUGGGGCGCAAGUUAGGUCAAGGGCAAUUCGGAACAACAUUCCUUUGUGUCGAGAAGGCAACAGGCAAAGAAUUCGCGUGUAAAACAAUCGCGAAGAGGAAGCUAACAACUGCGGAAGAUGUUGAAGAUGUGCGGAGGGAAAUAAGAAUCAUGCAUCACAUGGCUGGUCAUCCAAAUGUGAUACAGAUCGUUGCGGCGUAUGAAGACGCAGUGGCAGUGCACGUUGUGAUGGAACUUUGUGCCGGCGGCGAGCUUUUUGAUAGGAUAAUACAGAGGGGACAUUACACAGAGAAGAAAGCAGCAGAGCUAACGAGGGUUAUAGUUGGAGUUGUGCAGGCUUGUCAUUCUUUAGGUGUUAUGCAUAGAGAUUUGAAGCCUGAGAAUUUCCUGUUCAUUGGUCAUGAAGAAGAAUCGCCGCUGAAGACCAUAGACUUUGGACUCUCUAUGUUCUUUAGGCCAGGAGAAACUUUCAGCGAUGUGGUUGGAAGCCCCUACUACGUCGCCCCUGAAGUGUUGCGAAAGCAUUAUGGUCCACAAUGUGAUGUGUGGAGCGCAGGGGUGAUCAUUUACAUAUUGCUAUGUGGGGUGCCUCCAUUUUGGGAUGAAACGGAGCAAGGAAUAUUCGAACAAGUUCUAAGAGGUGAUAUCGACUUUAGAUCUGAACCAUGGCCUACUAUAUCAGAUGAAGCCAAAGAUCUAGUUCGGAGAAUGCUUGUGAGGGACCCCAAGAAACGUUUAACGGCUCAUGAAGUUCUUAGCCAUCCUUGGGUUCAGGUGCACGGCGUUGCUCCUGAUAAACCUCUUGAUUCUGCAGUUUUAUCUCGCUUGAAACAAUUUUCUGCCAUGAACAAGCUCAAGAAAAUUGCCAUCAGAGUAAUCGCCGAAAGCCUAUCAGAAGAUGAAAUUGCAGGGCUGAAAGAAAUGUUCAAGAUGAUAGACACAGAUAACAGUGGACAAAUCACUCUUGAGGAACUCAAAAAGGGUUUGGAAAGAGUAGGAGCAAAUCUCAAGGACGCCGAUAUCAUUAAUCUAAUGGAAGCAGCUGAUAUAGACAACAGUGGCACCAUGGAUUAUAAAGAGUUCACAGCUGCCAUGCUUCAUCUAAACAAAAUCCAGAGGGAAGAUCAUUUAUUCGCAGCAUUUUCGUAUUUUGACAAAGAUGGAAGCGGCUACAUAACUCUAGAUGAACUGCAACAGGCCUGUCAACAAUUUGGCAUAGAUAGCACACAUUUAGAAGAGAUUAUAAGCGAAGUCGACCAAGAUAAUGACGGGCGCAUCGAUUACAGCGAGUUUACUGCUAUGAUGCAAGACACUGGUUUAGACAAGAUGAUGAAAAAGAAAACCUGAUAAUAUUUCAUUCAAGAAAAGGGUUCAUAGAUUGAAGAUUCCUGAUCCUGGAAGGCCAAAAAGUCCCCACAAAUUUGGUAGGUACUAUGUAUUUUUUCAGAAACAAAAUUCGAUCUUGAAAACUUACAGAUUUUCAAGUGCAUAUUGUUGUAAAGAUCAUCAGCCAGCAGGCUAUAAUUUUUGCUUUCCAUUUCUUCUGCAUUUAACCUAUAA